AUAUAAAUCGUCUGCAGAUGAGAGAAGAUCACAACAGAGUAGAGAAGGAAUCUUUUUAGAAACUUUUCCUGCAAUAAUAUCAAUAAAAUUAUAAUAAUUUUUAAUAUUUGGUUAGAAUGUUUUCAGUUAUUUUUCCUUUAGGGUUAAUUACGUCGUUUUUCUUAUUGGCUUUGUCUUCUCUGGAAACUAACACACGCAGGCAUGCGGGUAAAUACAAUUAUGUUAUGGCUGAAUCAUCAGAACUCAGAGAAAUCGAUCAGCUAGAAGAAUCAGCGAACACCAUGUUCAGCGAAUACUGGCAAAUGUAUUUGUUAAAUGAUCCCGAAAAAGCUACUGAGUUAGGUGACCAUCGAUAUGACGACAAGUUGACAAGUUACAGUUUGAAAUCAUAUGAAAAACGAAAGGUCAUGCUGAGUGAAUUUUUAGAAAGAGGAAACCAGAUGCUUCCCCGUGCACCAGAAGGCUCUAUGGUUCAAAACAAUCUUCAGCUAUUCGUAACAAGCUUGCAAAGCAAGUUGGACGAGCUUAUGUCCGGAAACUAUUUAUUUCCUGUCUCAAAUUUAUGGUAUCCUGAAAUGGCAAUGCGCUAUAUGUUGGAGUACAUGAAACCAGAAGUGACUAAACAGUAUUGGAAUAUCAUAAUGAGGUAUCGAGCUCUGGGAACUCAGAUUGACGAACAAAUUGAAUUAAUGCGAGAAGGCAUUCGUACGAAUUUCACUUCCAGCAACUACUCUUUGCCCUCAACUCGCCGUAACUUUAAAAACGAGAAGCUAGAAAACUCCGCUUUUUAUCAGCCUUUCCUCAACAUAACAUCUGCAGUACCAUCUGAUGAAGCGCUCGAAAUUCAACGGAACGCCAGUGAUGCUGUUCAAAAUUUCCUAAUACCAGCCCUAGAGAAACUCGAAGAUUUUAUACAAAAUGAAUACCGUCCCAGUUCUCGAUCGGCAAUUGGAGUCAGUGCUCUUCCUAAUGGAAACGAAUUUUACAGGCAAAGACUAUCUUAUUAUUUGGCGGACUCCAACGUAACGGCGCAAAAAAUUCAUGAUAUGGGUGUAGCGGAAGUUUCGAGAAUAACAUUAGAAAUGGACAAAGUAAUUCAAACUCUGGGCUUCAAUUACACUCGUAAGGAAUUCAAUGAAUAUCUCCGCAACAAUAAAGCGCAGCAUUUUAAUUCAGGAGAUGAAGCAUUACAGACUUACCGAAACAUGCUGGAAAAUACUAUCCCACGUAAACUCUCGGAAAUAUUCAAGCAUAUACCUCGAACGAAAUUGCAAAUUCAAGCUGUCCCAGAAGAUUUAACAGGAGGACCUCUUGCUUAUUAUAUUCCAGUUGCCCCUGAUAAUUCAACUCCAGGAAUAUUCUUUUUGGAUACAUCAAAUCUUCCCAGUUUACUAAGGUACGAUGUUACGACUUUAUCUCUUCAUGAAGGAAUACCAGGACAUCACUUUCAGUUUGCAUAUGCGAUGGAACAAGGUAUGAAGGAUAUACCAGAUUUCAGGAAGCAUGGCAUAGAAGCUGACGCUUAUACUGAAGGUUGGGGCUUGUAUGCAGAACAUUUAGGUUAUGAGCUUGGAUUGUUAGGAGAUCCUUACCAACAUUUUGGACAUCUUUCGUAUGAAAUGUUCCGAGCUUGUAGAUUAGUAGUAGAUACUGGAAUACAUGUUAUGGGAUGGACUCGUGAUCAAGCUAUUAACUACAUGGCGGAUCGCAUUGCUUUAUCUUUGAAUAACAUAGGAAAGGAAGUCGACAGAUACAUAACAUGGCCUGGACAAGCUUGUGCUUAUAAAUAUGGCGAAAUAAAAAUAAAAGAAUUGAGGAAAAAAGCUGAAGAUGCCCUAGGAAAUAAAUUCGAUGUCCGGGAAUUUCACGAUGUUAUUCUACGAAAUAAGGCGCCAUUUGCAAUAUUAGAAAAAGAAAUAAACAGAUACAUAUUGGCCACGAAAAAUAGUGUGUAGUUUUAAGACAAGAUAUUGACGUUUGAAGCUUAUAAAGAUGGGAGUUUCAGGAAAUUUACAUUUCUGUCAGUAUUUAAUUGGAUAACGUGAUUAUAUUUUGUUAUAUUAUAUUGAUGUUAUUGCAGUAUUUCAGAUAUUAAAAGAUUAAAAAAUA